AUGAAAGAUUCUAUCACAACACCACCAGACCCACGAGGAGUAGAGAGUUUCUGGAAAGAUAUCCUCGAAAAUGACGUCCAAUGUAAUAACGAAGCAAAGUGGAUCCAGGAGAAGAGCAGAACAUACAAAACGAUACAAGAACAGUCGUGGACAACCCUUUCUAUCGGUGCCAUUAAAGGACCAGCAUCUUUCAUGUGACUUUGAACUUCACUGAUCACCAUGUCGAAGAAGCUGUCCUCGUUCAUCAUGAAUAACCUCCUAACUAUCCUCACCGUAAUAGGUGUAGUGGGAGGAGCCGUAACGGGAAUAAUUAUUCGAUCCAGCACUCCUGGAAGCUGGACUAAGAGAGAUGUCAUGUACCUGGCAUUCCCUGGAGAGCUGUUCCUCAGAUGUUGAAGGCUCUGAUUAUUCCACUUCUGAUGUCGUCGGUGAUACACGCCAUCGGGUCGCUUGAUCUCAGUUUGUCUAAGAAGAUUGCUAUAAGGUUGACAUGAGCAAAAUGGAG